UGAAGGUGACUCUCCUCGGCUGGGGGAUGCAGAGGGAGCUGCUGGCGGUCCUUCCGCCCCUCGACGCUGUGCUCAUCCGGGGCCAAUCUAUUCGCCUCAGCCGGGGUUCCAAACGUUAACUGCGCUUCUCUGCGGUAUCCGAACCGGUGUCGUCUUUGUGCUCUGCUGAAAGGACACAGCAAAUCUCCAGAGGAAGACGGGCGCUCUCUGCAUGCAUGAGUUCUGCACCGUGCGGGCGGAAAAAGCGCCCCAGAUCUGCAGGCAGUGUCUUGCCCAUCACGAGAGGGGCGCAGACGGAUUUGGAGCAACGGGAGAGCACCGUGGACGGCAGCAGGAUGACUGUGCAGGAAUUCAACACCCUGGUGGCGCUGUACAGAGAACAGGUCAUUUCUGUCGGUGAGAUGUCAGCCGACUGCCCAUCUCUGCGGGCUCAAAUGCACUACACGCGAGCUAAAGGAUGCUCCAUGGCUCGGACUGCGCACCAAGACCUCGCCCUGAUUGCUGUGUCUGGUCGAGAGGAUGGAGAGAUCCACCCAGAGAUAUGUCGGCUCUUCAUCCAGCUGCAGUGUUGCCUGGAGAUGUUCAUCACGGAGAUGCUAAAGUCCAUGUGCCUGCUGGGGGUGCUGCAGCUUCACAGAAAAAGAACCGACUCAGAGCCGAAGAUGGAUUUCAGGGUGGACGAAAGUUCUGAUGUUCCCAUCCUCGAGGAUCGCUCCUCCUCACCCAUUGACUACCCUCAUGAUCCGUGGCUGGUGGGAGUCCAUAUUGAAAACAUAGAGAGUUUGUUUCUGCUCCUCCAUCUCCUCAGUUUGAUAACUACCGGUCUGUCUUGUUUCUGUGAUCGCUACCCAUGGGGCUCUUGGUCUUCUUGUUCCCGAACAUGCAACCAGGGCACACAGAGCAGACAUAGAACAUUUCAAUAUGAUGAUUACUACUGGAAGAGCAGCUGUCAUCAGCUGUGUGAGAAACAUGACAGAAGGGCUUGUAAUGUGCAGGCUUGUCCCAUAAAUUGCCUGCUGACAGAGUUUGGGCCCUGGUCUGACUGCUCAUCCUGUGCCAAGAAACAGUUACGGACCAGAGCUAUCCAGACACCAUCCCAGUUCGGUGGUGAACCAUGCAGUGUGGAACUGAUGGAGGAGAGGCCAUGUUAUCCUGCCACAGAGUGCAAGUUGGCACCAGUCGACUGCAGAGACAACUUUAAAUGUGACAAUGGACGUUGCAUUAACGCCACACUAACUUGCAACAAACAAAACGACUGUGACGAUAACUCUGAUGAGAGGGACUGUGAUGACUUCAUAGUUGUAUGUCCAGCUGAUAAGAGAGUGGCUCCUGGUGCUGACUUGGUGGGGAAUGGGUUUGAUGCAUUGGCAAAUGAGCCGCGGGGGGCAGUCCUGGACAACAUGUUUAUGGGAGGAAGUUGCAUCAUCAAGAGGCCUCAAAGCACACUGCUUUAUCAUCGAAUACCUCACAACUUUGAGAGCUUUGAAAUUAAGGUUGGUGUGAUCGAAGACUUCACCGCAGCUCCCACCCCUGUCCACUCUGAGUCCAUUGAUGUGAAGACCUCCAUUUCCACUGAAGAGGAGAGAAACAAAGAGAUCUUUUGUAUUUUCCCUUUUUUGACGUCACAUAUGAAAUCAAAGGAUGCAUUUGAGGCUUCAAAGAAAACUGAUUCCACUUUUUUCCGGGUGCACCAGAUUCUGCCCAUUUCCACAUUCAAAGUGCGGGACCCAAGCGAUUUGGUCUUAUCUGGGCCUUUCCUUAAGUUCCUCCAUGCUCUUCCUCUUGAAUACAACUACGCCCUCUACAGAAACAUCUUUCAACGCUUUGGAACACACUACUACAGCUCAGGAACACUAGGAGGCAUCUAUGACCUGCUCUACCAAUACAAACGAGAGGAGCUAACCAGUUCAGGUGAAACAGAGGAGCAUGUCAAAGGCUGUCUGGGCCAAGAGACCAAAUGGGCAAUCGUCCUGGCUCAACCGAGGGCUCUACCGAUGUGUUCAGACAGCAAAAUGAGUCAAAAAUAUCAAGGCUCAUACAUUCAGGCUGCAGAGAAGUCUUACUCAGCAGUAAGAGGCGGACGAACCAGAGAGGCAGCAUCUCUGGCCUGGGAUAGGCAAGGCCCUGCUCCUGAUCAACAUUCCUACAAAAACUGGGCUAAAUCUGUCCUUGAUAAUCCGGCUGUGGUCGAUUUCAAGGUGGAGCCAAUUGUCGAUCUUGUGCGUGGGAUCCCCUGUGCAGCCACAAAGAGGAGGCAACUGAAGAAAGCUUUGCUGCAGUACUUGCAAGAGUUUGACACCUGCAAAUGUGCUCCCUGUCCCAACAAUGGCAGAGCAUUUCUCUCUGGAACAGAGUGCAAGUGUGUCUGCCAGACCGGUACUUUUGGGCCCAACUGUGAGCAGCGAGCUCCUGACUACACUUCAGAGGAAGUAGAUGGUUCCUGGAGCUGUUGGGGAUCUUGGAGUCGCUGUGGUGCUUUCAUGAAGAGACACCGUAGAAGGAGGUGUGACAACCCUGCCCCCUUGAGAGGGGGCCAACCCUGCAAGGGUCCUGACAGGGAUGAGGAAUCAUGUCACAUCUCACUUUUUAAACAACAUGAAACGUGUGAAAAUGAUGAUGACUUCACCACGGGAUGGAGAGAUGAGCUUCCUCCCGGUGUGCAGGGUUGUCCCAGGCCGAAGCCGCCUGUCAACAGCUUGCUCAGGAAAGCAAAGCAGUACUAUAAUUUUGGAGAGGAUGAAGAGUUCAAGUGCUUCACAGGAUUUGACCUGGAGGGUUUCCAGUUCAUAAAUUGUCUGCCUGACGGGACAUGGAGUCAAUUAAAAGGAAGCUGCCUCAGAAAGAUAUGUCUUCCCCCUGAUAUUCCUGAUGACAUGACGCUGUUUCCCACCAAAGAAGAGUUCAAAGUGGGUGAUUCAGUGGGUUUGAACUGUGUCAAGGCGGGUUUGAUGCCUUUGCCUCGAGGCUUCUUCAGGUGCAGCAACAGUCUGACUUGGGAACCUCCAUUACCUGCAGGAUUGCACUGCACUGAUGUGGAACCUUUUGAACCUGACAAUCAGUGUGGUCCAGGUCAGCAUCGUCAAGGCUCUCAAUGCGUCUGUUUACAGCGUGAGAACUGCCUAUCCGAACCGGAGACUCUCUGUAUCUUGAACACUGACAUCAACGUCACUGUGCCGAUGUCCGUCUGUUCCUUCCACACCGGGCGUUGCCAUGGCGAUCCGCUUUUCUUUGUCAGCGAAAGUACUUGCGAUACCGUGGAUCCGGAUGAACUGGAAUGGGCCAGGUUCCGCGCCAAGUUUGCCUCAAAGAGUUCUGUCAAGGAGUCAUGUGAUCUUCACACGUGUUAUGAAUGGGAGAGCUGUUCAACAUCUAAGAAAUGCGAUUGCAUAGCUGCUCGGGAGUGUCCCCAAGUUGAGACGCACAGGUUUUGUCUCAUGCUGACCAGAAUCCAGAAGACUCGGAGCAUGAACCUUUGCUCCAUGGCUGCUCUGAAGUGUGCCAAAUAUCAAUUUGAGAUCCUCAAUGAAGGUGACUGUGAAUCCAGAUGAGCCAAUAUAUGUAUGACCAGACACAUUUGUGAAACAUCACUCCACCACUGCUCUAAAAUACAUAGUGGUUAAUAUAAUUACACUUUGAUCUGUUUUUGACAUGACGAUAUGUGGAACCUCCAAUAUGGACUACAAUUAAGCGAAACAAGUCAACACUUCCAUUCUUGUUAAAUGUUGUUGAAUUUCCCCAUUUCUUUUUUCGGUGCAAAGUUAUUAUGGCACCACAAAAAAAA